AUGGAGACCCAGGAAGAAAGUGAACUCUGCUUUCCACAACUCAACAGCUCCUGCAGGAGAACGAAGCGCCCACACACUGAGGCUGUGCUUAUUUACAUUCUACUGUCCUCCAUCUCUCUGCUCACUGCGACUGUAAACCUGCUGGUCAUCAUCUCUAUCUCCCACUUCAAGCUGCUCCACACCCCCACCAACCUCCUCCUCCUCUCUCUGGCAGUCUCGGAUUUCUUUGUGGGCCUCAUCAUGUCUUUUCAGAUUCUCCUCACAGACGGCUGCUGGUUCCUCGGUGACCUCAUGUGUUCUUUGUUUUACAUUUUAGACUUCAUUGUGACCUCUGCCUCAGUAGGAACCAUGGUGAUUAUAUCUGUUGACCGCUAUGUGGCCAUUUGUGACCCUCUGCAUUACUCCACCAAAGUCACUGUGAGAGGAGUAACAAUCUGUGUUUGCUUUUGUUGGGUCUGCUCUAUUCUGUACAACAGUCUCAUAAUGAAUGAUAAUUUAAAACAGCCAGGCAGACAUAAUUCCUGCACUGGAGAGUGUGUGAUUGUCAUUAACUACAUUGCAGGGGUCGCUGACCUUAUUUUGACCUUUACUGGUCCUGUAACUGUCAUCAUAGUUCUGUAUAUCAGAGUUUUUGUGGUGGCCGUGUCUCAGGCUCGUGCCAUGAGGUCACAUAUUGCAGCUGUCACUGUUCAGCGUUCAGUGAAAGUAACUGCGAAAAAAUCUGAGAUGAAAGCAGCCAGGACUCUUGGUGUUGUUGUAGUUGUCUUUCUAACAUGUCUUUGCCCAUAUUACUGUUCCUCUCUUGUAGGCCAGAAUUCCUUGUUUGGUGUUACAUCUGUGCCCUUUGAGACCUGGUUAUUCUAUUUCAACUCUUGUCUAAACCCAGUGAUCUAUGCUUUUUGCUAUCCCUGGUUCCUAAAAUCUAUUAAACUCAUUGUAACAUUUAAAAUACUUCAGCCUGACUCUUGUCGGGCCAACAUACUGUAG